UCUGCAUGGCUUGGUACCCAUUCUUCUGACACAUGGACUAGUGGCCCUUAUCGCUUACUGUUUAAGUAGUUAUGGCGCCUUUAUCUUCUAGAUUGUAUAUGCAAGGCCAAAAGUUCAAAAAGCAAACCGAUGAGACGGGUAAAGUUGUGAUCGUAACUGGAGCCAACACAGGACUGGGCAAGGAGACAGUGCGGGAAUUGGCGCGGCGUGGAGCCACCGUUUACAUGGCCUGCCGCGACAAGAGACGAGGUGAAAGAAGUCGCAAUGAAAUUGUUGAAGAGACCAAUAAUCAAAAUAUUUACGUUCGUGUAUGUGAUCUCGCUUCAUUGGACUCGAUUAGAAAAUUUGUGGACGGAUUCAAACGCGAGCAAAGUCAAUUGCAUUUGCUUAUCAAUAAUGCUGGCGUCUUUUGGGCACCACGACAACUCACCAAAGAUGGCUUUGAAAUGCAUCUGGGGGUCAAUCAUUUGGGUCAUUUCUUUCUCACACAUCUUUUGCUCGAUGUGCUGAGGAAAUCGGCUCCCAGUCGCAUUGUGGUUGUUGCUAGUCGAGCCCACGAACGUGGACUGAUACAAGUGGAAGAUUUGAAUAGCGAUCAUUGCGUCUAUGACGAAGGCGUCGCCUAUUGCCAAAGCAAAUUGGCCAAUAUAUUAUUCACCCGAGAGUUAGCCAAACGGUUGAAGGGCACUGGAGUGACGGUGAAUGCCGUAAAUCCAGGAAUAGCCGAUACGGAAAUAGCAAGAAACAUGAUGUUUUUUCAAACUCCCAUCGCCCAGUAUGUAGCAGAAACCACACUGAAACCGCUCUUUUGGUCGGUGAUGAAAACCCCAAAGAACGGAGCCCAAACAACUCUAUUUGCGGCAUUGGAUCCUGACUUGAAUCAAGUUUCGGGUGUUUAUUUUAGCGAAUGUUCCCUCAAACAGGUGGCCCCUGUUGGCUGUGAUGACAAAAUGGCCAAAUGGCUGUGGGCAAAGAGUGAAAAAUGGACAGGCAUAAGUUAUUAAGUGAUUAGUUAUAAAUGGGUGAUCAAAUGGGAGAGGCAAGAAAACUGAAUUUCUUAUAAGGGGAUAAUUAGUAAAGAAAAUACAAUAAAUCAAUUUAAAAUUUAUAAAGAAUUAAGACAUUAAUCUAAUGUCCUUUAGAAAACAAACAAAUAAAACUUUAUUAUAGUGCUAUUAUUGAA